UAUUGCGCCAGUUGCAACAACACAAAAAGGUUGUUUGACAGCGUGAAAUUUGCGGUGAUGCAUUGAGCGCUGCAGUCAAUGGAUCGGAUGAUGGAGGAUUUCUCCGGCCUGGCCCUGCCGCCUCUCUUUGGGGGCCACAUCCUGGAAGCAGAGCUGGAGCCAGGUGGUGUGGAACUGGGCCCAGGGGAGGUAGAGCUUGGCCCUGGGGUCAGCGAGUUGCUAGAGGGCAGAGGUCAAGGAUCAGGAGCAAGGCCAGAGCAGCAGCAGGAGGAGAGGAGAGAAUUGGAGAAGAGGAAGUACCUGGCUUUGAUCAAGAGGUGUAAGGAGAUCGAACAGGUGAAUGAGAAGAUCCUUGGUCGCCUUCACCAGGUACAAAGACUAACACGUCGCAUGAAGAAAGAGAGAAGGUUCCUAAUGAAGACCCUCGACGCCCAUGGAGAUGACUAUAGAAAUGCACAGCUCACCAUAUCGCUUGAGGAAGAGUCUGGUGCCCAUUUAGACAUCGGCCCUGGAGCAGAAGAUGAUAGGCUAAAUGACCUUCCUAGCCACUCCCCCUCUGUCCCUUUCCAAUCCACAGUGGGAUCCAAGAAGAAGAGGCAUCGAGUUCCAAAACAGGAGAAAGACCCACAGACUGAAGCAGACAUCUCCAUGUUGGCAGAGACGCAGUUCAGUGACUUUCCCAGCCCAACCGCAUUGUCUCACUGACCAGGGGAAUGGCCGGCUGCUAGUGGGAGGAGAAAUGAGGCAGCAUUCUGUUGCUUGGACUCCCACUUCCCCAGACGUGAUGUCACUGAAACGCAUACAGCCAGGGCUCUUUGGGAUGUUCUGAAAGUUGUAUUGAGCUUGAGUCCUGAAACGAUGGAAUAGGAUGAAGCUACACCUGAUCUAAGGUUCUACUAUGCAGAUGCUGUCUACAGAACCUUGCAGAUAGAAAUGAAAAACAUAGUGGAUAAGAUUAUCAUUUAUGCACAACUAUGGUCUAUGGAAAUGGCUGAAGGUCUUGACCAUGGUAAUCCACCUAUUCUGCUCGAGUAGAGAAUGCAUGGUCCGGUCCUUGCGGAAGUUACAUUGACAGUACAUGUAUUGAUGUGAAUUUUUUUAUCAGGAUACUCUGAACAUGUUUUAUGAUUGUUUGUCGACCUGAUGCUUACUAAAUGUUCCGUAUAAAAUGUUUAUUCAGAA